AUGCGCAGGCAGCGAGCAUGCGAUGAACAUCGUUGCAGCAGCAGCUCUGGUAGAAAAGUAGAGCAAGAGGACAGCAAGACAGUAAGAAGAAGAGGAGGAGGAAGAAGAAGAAGAAGAGACGAACAAACCAAGGAUUGGCUCGACGUGGGACGAAGCAAGGAAAAGAAGCGAAGGAAGGGAAAAAAAAAGGAAAAAGAGAAGUUGAGUUGGCCGUGCUUAGGUAAGCUGAAGAUGACAUAA